UUAGCAACAUGAGAGAAUUUACCAAAAAUUUAGUUCUCAGCUGAACGUGAGCCAAGGAACAACGGAUAAGGCAAAGUAUUUUUCUCCGUCAGAUUACUGAGACUUAGCGAACUAGGGAAAAGGCCGAGUAUUUUUCUCCGUUAGAUUACUGAGAAUUAAGCAUGGGACGUCGCAAGUCCAAGCGCAAGCCGCCGCCAAAGCGUAAAAACAUCCAGAGUCUGGAAAAGCAGUUUAAUUGUCCUUUUUGUAAUCACGAGCGUUCCUGCGAUGUCAUAUUGGACAAAUUGAAGAAGGUAGGUCGCAUUAUAUGUCGCGUGUGUCAGGAAUCCUAUCAAACGGCAAUCAUAUCCCUUUCGGAACCAGUCGACGUCUAUAACGACUGGAUUGAUGCCUGUGAGGAGACAAAUUAGAAUAAGAGCGAAGAAAAAACCACUAAUUUACACAAGUGUACAUACAACAUAAUAUAGUUUUUGUAACGCCAACAACGAACUCACGCCUCGGAUUACCAAGGGAUUCACAUAUUCGCAAAUUUAUAAUGGACAUAUUUUAGGCGAAACAAAUAAAAUACACUUUUUAGUAAUCC